AUGCUCGUCACCAACAACUACAGUAACAGCACCGCCGGCAUCAUCAACCGGUCCUACUCCAGCAUUGGGUCGGUGAAUACCGAAAGGUCGACCACGGGUUCAUUUAGUCCUUACGUGCCGUUUUACGAAGACCUAUACCUCGCGUACGUACGUAGAUUGUGGGAUCUUCACCUAUGGUAUUUAAGAAAGUUGGAAUUACAGGCUAUGUCUAUAUUUAAAGACUAUGCUCAGAAUUCUACUUCAGUGUCUCCCAACUGAGGUAAGAUAUGGUUAUGCAGACGCAUCUAAAGAACACAAUACCGUUACGGGUUAGGGUGGUUGGGAGUUAGGGGAUAGCGUUAGAAAUUAGGACAGCUAUUUCUCAACCAUUCAAAGUACAACCGCGCAUUCCCAAAUAGCUUUUUUUGCACAUAAGUACUUGACGUCGUCGCCUAUGCGUUCUCCGGCUCCACGUGUAAAAACCCCCUGUUACCACUGGUCCUGUAUUACAGGUGGCUAGGGUUUAUUUGCCUCAAGUGCGGCUGCAUGACCGUAUCUGCGUAGCCCAAACUGCUACUGCAUCGUACAUUUGAAAGUUGCUCGUGCAAGACGAGGAGUUGUCGCAGCCUCAUCAGAGCGAAAGUCCAUUCUCCAUGGCGUUCACCCUGGCCAUGACUGCAGAGUUACAGAGAAUGUUUGUCAGUUAUGCCUGAGUCUCACAGAAAUCUGUCAGUUAAGGAAGGCAUGGCGGAUUUAAAGGCUAGAUGUCGUACCAAGUCCAACUGAGAGAGGAUUCAUUGAAACUAGAACUAGUCCUGAGAUUCCAAGUUUUUGAGUUCAAGUUUUAACUGGUUUACGGGGCUUCUGCAAACCUGCUCUCUCCCAAAGAGCCAAAAGUAGAAUGAGAAGACCGAAAACCUGAACAACUAUUUGGGAGACAUCUAUAUAAAGUUUUUUAGAAAACAUCGUGGGUUCGGAACUUUAGGGCGCGGACAGACAUUCUUGUACCGAUAGAUGCCAGGAUGCGCGUUCUGGGGACUUAUGACGUUACUGAUGAGACACGUACUUCAAACGAGGGAAAGACCAUCUCUAUUUUGGCUGCGUCUAGAAACUGUUUUCUAGAGUGGGCGAAAGAGAAAUGAAACACAGGGCAUUGAUCCAGGCAGUAAUGUGUUCGCCUGGUAAACACACGCACGGCUGUGUAGAAGUCAAUAAGUGUAGGCUAAUCAGUACCCUUCCAGCUACCCAUCUCCUGGCCACAUUUCGAGCAAUCUUACUCCAAGGUGAAGACGAGAUCUCGCGCUAGACUGUACUUAUCCUUAUGAGGGAAUUUGUCUCCAGUGAAAUAGACUUUCGCAGUAUCUAUCUCGCUCUAUCGUCCCACACCCACCGGGCUCUGAAGAGAAGACAAAGUUAAGACAACCGGAGACAGUCUGAUUUAUAAUCCAUACAUGCGGCAAUUCACUUCAAGAGAAGGGAAAGGCUCGGAUGUCUCAGAAGCAGGAAGUCGCAUAAAGAUCACACCAAGAAAGAGCUGGUUUUGCCUGAUCUGAAAACAACCCCAUUUUCCCAUCAUUUGGCAGGCUUGCAAUCCACUACCGUCAGUUCAUCAUGGUAUUUUCAAGUGGUCUGAUUUAUUGUAGCGAGAAGUAGGCUGACUUACUAUAGGAAAGGAUUCACCAAAAUCACUCUCUCUCUCUCCCGUUUCUCUCUGUCAUGGUCCAAUGAUCUGUACGAUCCUUUAUGAUCCAACAGGUAUAAAAGUGGACUUCAUGACGGCGUUAUGUCAGGCCUUAUCUAACGCGCGUCACACGAAUGUACAGUAAUGGUUAAAGACUCAAGCAGACUCAAUGCAGCCCAAAAACGCACGAGGUUAGCCAAUGUUGCCUCCGGACGCAACAACAGAGCAGCCCGUGUGAGAAGGCACACAGAAGCUGCCGUCAUGGCUGCAGAUGGAGACAUUUGGCGCGCGAGGUGUGAUAGACGAGUUCACCUGUUCGUGCGACCUAAUGAGUCUUCACUGCGCACGACUUAGCUACCUAACAUGGCCGCUAGGUCAUGUGUGACAACGAUUCGUAAGUCACGUGGGUGGUGUACUUCGAGACCUCUGAGUCACGCCACCCGUGAAGGCUGUGGGUCACGGUUGUGAAGAGAUACUUGUCAUUGGCAAGGCUUUCGACCCUCAAUGCGUGUUUAGCCGUCUUUCAUGGUUAAGGGUAGCUGACUCGGGUAUUCCCAAUGGUCGACUUCCCUAAAUUACAAGUUAGUGAAAACGCAUUUUUCUGGACAAUCUUUACCGUUGUGAAGAAGCGUUCAGUGGGAUCAGCAAACAGUUGCCGCAAGCUGUCUCUUCGGACGUGUUGCGUGUGUGUGCCUGUCUGUCUAUACCCUCCUCCUCCUCUUCCACCUCCUCCUCCUACUCCUCAUCCUCCUCUUCCACUGCCCCAACUGCGACCGCACCUUCAUCUCACACAUCGGCCUGGUAGGUCGCUUGCGAAUCCAUCACACAGAGGCUGACAAACCAGUGCCUGAAGCACCCACCUACACCCACCACACUCGCCUCCACUGCCCACACUACCCUCGCACCUUCACGCAUCGCAUGAGUCUAUUCGGCCACAUGCGCAUCCACGAGAACGGAAUUGACCGCAGUCCCGACUCAUCCAUCAUGCCAAACUCCACCCUCACUUCAUCACCCUGCGCGCCCACCGCCCUUCCCGCAACUGGCACCGACACCACCGACUUCGCCUGCCCACACUGUCUACGCACCUUCACCUCUCGCAUCGGCCUCGCCGGUCACUUGCGAGUCCAUCGAACAGAGACUGGAGAACCACUGCCCGGAGCAGCAGCCUAUACCCACCACAUUCGACUCAACUGCCCACACUGUCCUCGCACUUUCAGGCAUCGUAUGGACCUAUGCGGUGACAUGCGCAUCCACGAGAGCGGAAUCGAUCGAAAUUCCGACCCAGCCCCACCCUCCCCUCAUCGCCCUGCGCGGCCAUCACCACCGCAAACACCACCGCCGCCUCGCCUGUAG